AUGGAACCAAAUGAAAAUAAAUCUCUAAUAAAAGAACAAUUUACCAAUAGAGAUAAAAGUGAAUAUGUUAAACUUAAUGUUGGUGGAAGUUUAUUCCAAACUACAAUUUCUACACUAACGCGAGUCGAUUGUAUGUUGAAAUCCAUGUUUUCGGGACAACUACCUGUUCAGAAGGAUCAAGAAGGUUGGGUUAUGAUCGAUAGAAACGGAAAACACUUCGCUACAAUAUUGGAUUUUCUUAGAAAUAAUUCAGUUAGAUUACUGGAUAAUGCUGAUGAAGUUGAAGAGUUAUUGACUGAAUCGAUGUACUAUUCAAUUCAAGAACUUGUUGGUUUAUGCGAAUCGAAGUUAAAACUUCAUCAAACUUUAUCAAAAGCCCGACUUUUCAAGUGA